GGCAGACAAUCGUAAAGCUGCUGGGGAGCCGAGUGAGCUGCUGCGGCCGCCGCCCGGUGUCUGGGAGAGUGUGUGACCGGGCUAUGAUGGUGACUCCUCCAGCAACAGAGUGGGACCUCCAGUGAUCUCCUCCUCGGGGCUUCCAGCAGCAGCGUCUCUGCUCUCCCUGUACUUGUCCUGAGGGCUGAGGCGCCUUUCUCCCUCGCCCCCUGCUGCUGCGGCUGCCUCCCCCCCCCCCCACAUUUGGGGAGGGAGGAUCAGGAUGACUGGAGUCUUUGACAGUCUAGUCUCAGAUAUGCAUUCAAACCAGAUUACCUCCAACAGUUACCACCAGCACAGCAGCCUGCACAAGUCCCAGGAGUCCCCCACCUUACCCGUGUCCACAGCUACCGACAGCAGCUACUACACCAACCAGCAGCAGCAGCACGGAACAGGCGGCGGAGGAGGCGGGUCGCCCUAUGCACAGAUGGGCUCUUACCAGUAUCACGCCAGCGGCAUCAAUACGGUUCCCUACUCCGCCAAAGCCGGCUACGACCUGGGUUACACUGCCACUUACAGCUCCUAUGGACCUUAUGGAACCAGGGCUUCCCCGGCUAACAAUGAGUCUGCAGAGAAGGAAGAAUGCGAGCCCGAGGUCAGGAUAGUAAACGGGAAGCCAAAGAAAGUGCGGAAACCCAGGACGAUCUAUUCCAGCUUCCAGCUGGCCGCUCUACAGAGGCGUUUCCAGAAGACCCAGUACCUGGCACUGCCCGAGCGAGCUGAACUGGCGGCAUCCCUAGGCCUCACCCAGACGCAGGUGAAGAUUUGGUUCCAGAACCGCCGGUCCAAGUUCAAGAAGAUGUGGAAAAGUGGCGAAAUCCCCUCGGAGCAGCAUCCUGGAGGCAGCGCCUCUCCCCCCUGCGCUUCGCCCCCGACCUCGGCCCCUACCUGGGACUUUGCUCCACACCAGCGCAUGAGCAGCGGAGGAAGCUCGGGAUCCAGCCCCAGCGGCGGAGCGGCCGCUUUCCUCGGUAACUACUCCUGGUAUCACCAGGCGGCUAACACCGCUUCUCACCUGCAAGCCGCCUCCCCGAUCCUGCAGCAAGCGCAGCCCCAUCACCAUCACCACAGCGCGGCCAUCAGUGCAGGGACGAUUUUCUAACUCGGCAGAGACUGAGCAAACAAGCCCCGCUGAGCAGAGAUCCAGGGGGAUCAAACCCAACACACACCCGAGCGGACUGAGGUACAGACACUGGUGCUUUGAUGAAGAAUUUCUUCGGCAUUCAACGCCUCCCUCUCCCUCUGGCACAUUAAACAGGCGAAUAACUCUUCCCUGCAGACUUUGCUUUGUUCUGAUCCGGGCUCGGUUACCUCUGUGUCUCCCUCACCCCGUGUCUUUCUCUAUUCCAACUCCAGUUCCUGCCUGCGGUUUAUUUUCCCCUUCCCGUGUAGUUCACAGCAAAUAGAAAAUAAAACUUCCCCUUCCCUCCUCUCCUAUUUUUCAUCAAAUCACCAGUGGAUAACUUUUGUUAAUUUUAUUUUUUAAAAGUUUAUAGGUGCCUUUGCGGAUGACCUCAUUUUGAUGUUGAAAAAAGAUAAAUAAUUUUUAUAUGUAGAUU